AUGCUUUUUGAAAAAUUGGAGGAGGAGAAUGUCGAUCAGGAGCCGCCGAAGAAAAUGAAAAUGGAAAAGGCCGAUCCAGAGAGAAAGGCGGAGCAAUUGGAGGCGGCCCCGGCCUAUGAGCUGCCCGGAAUUCUGAUUGUUCCAAUGGAUAAGAAUGCUAACAAGCCAGAGCUCUUAAGUUCAGACGAGCAUGACAAUUUUCUGGUUAAGAAUAAGCGGAACCCUGCAAAUUAUCGGCCAAACAUUUCUUUUCAGGUUCAAGUUUGA